CGUCUAUCUCAUUCGUGCGAGCACGUGGUGCUCACAUAAGUGACACUCAGCUGUUAUACUCCGAAGUGUCAAAACGGUGACAUCGUGGUCGUGUUUUUCUCACUCAUACGUUCACGUUAUCACAUUUGUUAUGGCCAUUAGGCCGUUGUGGCCUGAUUUGCGACCACGAGCGACGGAUCCGUUGUGGUUCAACGCGGAUCGUCCGUGCGACGACGAAAGCGAAGUCACCGCGCUCGAGGCGGACCAUCACGCGUGGGCGGAACACGUGCGGGUGCAGGGCUACGACAACAUUCCGAUCGGGAAAACAGUGAGUGACUAUCGAGGAUCGGAGGAGGACGAAGAGGAGGAAGAGGAGGAAGAAGGCGAAGGCGAAGAGGAGGAUGAGUCGGACACCCACGAGGAAGAAGAAGAGGAGCUUGACGAGAUCGACAUGGAAGUCAGUUACACCCAUCAUCCGCAGAGAUCCAGCCCGACUGAUUUGGUGAGCCCUCCCGUGUCCAUCAGGAUGGUCAAUGCGACGAAUAUAACUCGCUAUCCAUAAUCUACGUCCUACGUUUGUACAAUUUACUGAAUAAUUUUCCAUGUGGUCAAACAUAUUUAUUUCUAAAUCACGUAUAAUCAUAGUAAUAUGCCUUAGUCACAAUAUUUCGUGUAGGCUCGUUGAAAUUUAAAAAUUAUUAUCUGUAUCGCGAUUAUAUCAUACAGC